AAAAAGUGAGAGUUUUUAACUUUUUUGAACAACUUCGUAUAUUUAGUGAUAAAAUAAAGGUGAUAAUUGCUAGUUAGAAUCAUUAGCAACUCCCACCGUUUUUAAGAUGAGGGUUCCCGGAUUUCCUAAUCAUGGAACGGUAUUUUACACCUCGGGAGGACACAAAACGUCGGCGGUUUUUGUCGGCGAAGAAUUCGUUAUCACCUCAGCGCUGAUUUUUAGCGACAACGUGGAAUAUGCGAAAACUAUCGCCGACGCAGUGCUACAAACCCCGCUCGUUGAAAUUAGCAAAACCCGAUGGCUCCAAAAUCUGUACCAGCUAGACUUUCGGAUUGUCCGGAAAAAUGGUAACGACUUGCAAGAGAGGAGAGUCCGUGCAUGCCAUAUCGUACACUCGCGACGGGCGAAGGCUUGCCUAGAGAAUUUGUUGAACGGUUUGCAAGUAUGCCUCGAUGGAGAGGCUAAGCCGAUGCAGGACUACAGCGCGCUCUACUCCAGCUUUCUUAUCCUCACCACAAGCUCUUCCGUGCCUCUUUGGAGAUCCGUGUCCGCUCUGCUGAAGCAGGUGACCGGAAGGAAUGAUGUGUCACUGAAACUGUUGGACAAAGUGGUGGCCAUCUCGACUCCAUUCGGCAACGAGUCUUUUUUCAACACGGUUAACGUUGGCCACGUGUGCAACAUACUCGACGACGAAGGCUGCGUGUUGCUUUUAGAUGUUCCUUUGAAUCCGGGCAGCGAAGGAGGAGCGCUUUAUGAUCAAAGCAUGAAGCUGCGAGGAUUUUUCAUAGGUUCUUCAUACAAGUACCGGGGAGAUAUCGUCAUACUACCGCUGGCCAUUAGUGUGGAUGAAAUCUUGUCUAUUGGCUGCAGCGAACGAAACUUGUGCCAACGCGUUCCGCACUCAUUUCCAUUGGAAGCAUUCCGUUCGGUGUGCAUGAUUGAUUCGCAAGGUUGCUGGGGAACCGGAUGCGCCUUCGAGCUGAAAGGCAAACGCUACAUCAUAUCUUGUGCCCAUGUCCUGUCGACGGACAACGUUACAUGCUUCUUCGGCGAUCAGAAAGUUAUGCAUCCUAGGGUGCUCUACAAAAAUCCCGUAUUCGACAGUGCAUAUGAUGUGGCGCUAAUGGAAGCGAGUUACGAUGAGGCACAACCAAGCGGAUGGUUUUGUCGGUUGGCCAACUACAUUCCGGCUGUUGGUCAGCGGAUUUACAGUGUUGGAUUUCCAGUGUUUAAGUCUUUAGCAAGUAAGCUAACAUUCAAGCCAUCCAUCAUACCGGGCCGGGUCACCAAAUACACCGAGGGCAUCCUGUUCACCGAUUGCUCCAUACAAUAUGGUCAAAGCGGAGGUCCAAUUUUUGAUGAAAAUGGUCUGCUGGUGGCCAUUGCUGUGUCCAACUUCAAGAGCUCUCUCGAUAAUCGCAUCUACCCUUUCCACAACAUGUGCAUACCGGUGCAGGGUAUUCACGCCACGUUAGCACAGUAUGCUGACACGGGAGAUAAAUCAUCGCUAGCAGCGCUGCAGGCGGAUUGGGACGUGCGAAGCUCGUGGAAGCUGAAACCGCCCAAGAUUUUAAAUAAGCUGUAAAGUGAUCGAACACAUGCUGCCGACUUAUUUUUGGAUUUUUGAAUGAGCAAUGGGUAGAUACAGGGGAUGGUGCUAGGGGUUUUAUCGGAAUAAAGAAAGCUAUCUUGU